AUGUUUGAGUCUCUCGUAGCAAAUUUGGUAAACCGUUUUUUGGGAUCAUACUUGGAAAACUUUGACACAAACCAGUUAAACAUUGGAAUAUGGAGUGGAGAUGUUAAAUUGAGAAAUUUGCGCCUAAGGAAAGAGAGUCUUGAUAAAUUCAAGUUACCAGUGGAUGUAAAAUUUGGUCAAUUGGGGCAAUUGACUUUACAAAUUCCUUGGUCCAAUUUGAAAGGAAAACCAGUUAGAGUUAUUAUCGAAGAUGUGUAUUUAUUGAUAUCACCUAAAAUUGUUCAAGAUUAUGAUUUAGAAGAAGAGGAAUUGAGACUGCAAGCGGUAAAGAAAGAAAAAUUGGCACAAUUAGAAACAUUUUUGGACGCAAAAUCACAAGAGUUGGGGACUGAUUUAGAGAAUGAGACCUUUGUGGAAUCCUUAGUUACCAAAAUAGUGGAUAAUCUCCAAGUUACUAUAAAAAAUAUUCAUUUAAAGUAUGAGGAUGAUUCUGUUUUAACCGAGACUCCGUAUUCGAUAGGGUUUACUUUGGAUGAAUUGUCAGCAGUUUCAACAGAUGAGGACUGGGUACCUUCCUUUAUCAACAUAACCCAAGCACUUACAAGAAAAUUGUUGACUUUGAAAAACCUUUCUUGUUACAUGGAUACUCAGGCGACUGAGUUGUAUUCAAACCUUGACCGUGAAGAAAUACACGCUGCGUUCCAGAAAACGUUGACUGACAUAGAGUACUUACUAAAACCGGUCACUGGUAAUGGUAAGUUAACGGUUAAUAAGACUGGAACAACUGCCACUAUACCACACAUAGACACAGACUUGUUUUUCGAAGAAUUUGGAGUUGAAUUGAAUUCCCAGCAAUACCAAAAUUUAUUGUGGACUGCUUCUAAAUUUCACUGGUUCAUGAAAACUGAAAAAUUUAGAAAAUUUCGUCCUAAAAUUGCUCCUAGUGAGUCUCCAAAGGAAUGGUUUCAAUAUGCCGCCAAAGCUGUAUUAGAUGAAAUCCACGAAAGAAACUAUAAGUGGAGUUGGGCAUACUUUGAAAAAAGACGAGACCAAAGAAAGGAAUAUGUUGCAUUAUGGAAAUUGAAAUUAGAGAAUAAAAUGUCACCUGAACAACAGAAAUCGCUCGAUGAUUUGGAAUGGGAUUUGCCGUAUGAAGAUAUAAAACUAUAUCGUUCCUUGACCAGAAAUGAAUUGAAAAAGGAAAAGAAGAAUAUUUCUUCUUUGUACGACACUGAGAGUAAAUCUACAAAUGGUACCCAAUCUACGGGAAGUGGUGGUGGUUGGCUUUCAAGUUGGUGGGGUGGUGCCAAACGGCUGAAUGAAAGCGAAGAAAAACUGAACAACGAACCUCAAUCUAGUGACAAGAUCGAUCUUUCUUUGAGUGACGAACAAAGGAAAGCACUUUAUGAUGCUAUUGAUUAUGACGAGAAUGCUGAUACAGCAACUGUGGAUAUUCCCAGAGAGUGGGUGAAAAUGCAAGUUACAAUGCAUUUGAACAAAGGGGGAUUUACUAUUAAGCGUAACAAGACAACUACUUUAGGAGAAAUUGUCUUUGAAGGUUGUAAAACACAGUUCUAUGAGCGUCCAGAUUCGUUUGUUGCUAGUUUCCAAAUGGAGGAAUUUAGAAUUGAGGACAACACCAAUACAUCGCUAUACAAACACAUAGUCAGUGUCAAGCAAGAUGAAGAAAACCACCAAGAUCAUAGUUUUGAUGAACCUUUUUUGCAGUUAUCGUUUGAAAAUAACCCAUUGCAUCAAGAAGCAGAUUCAAGUCUUGUUGGAAAAUUAAAAUCAAUGACCAUUUAUUACAACCCUAAGUUCAUAGAAGAAAUUAUUAAAUUUUUCACUCCCCCCAAGAUUCAUUUAGAUACAGUGGGAGCAAUUAUGAAUGCUGCCGAGUCAACUGUUGAAGGAUUAACUACACAAACAAGAAUGGGGUUAGAAUAUGCAUUGGAAGAACACAAAACAAUCAAUGUCAAGUUGGAUUUACAAACACCUUUGAUAAUUUUACCACUUGAUCCUGCCAGUGUUAAAUCCCCAGUGGCAAUUCUUGAUGCAGGGCAUAUAAGUGUAAUCAGCGAUUUGGUUGAUAAAUCAAAAAUCAAAGAAUACAAAGAAAAACAGCAAUACUCUGCCAAGGAUUGGGAGAGUUUGAAGAACUUGAUGUAUGAUCAAUUCCAUGUAAAUCUUGAAGAUGCAAGGUUUUUAGUGGGACACAAUAUCAAAACCACUAUGGAGCAAUUGUAUUCCACCGACAGAUCGACUUACGUUUUAGACACAUUCAAUUUAGGUUUGCUUUUAGGUGUUUCCAUUAUUCCGGAUGCACAAAACUUGGCUAGAAUAAGAAUACGUGGGGAUGUUCCUAAGGUUGCAUUGGCCAUUAAUGAUUUCCAGUACAAAACUUUAAUGCAGAUUAUAGAUGUGGCAAUUCCUAACACAGAUUUUGAAAGUUCAGAUACUUCCAGUAUUUUUAAUGCGUUUGGUAACAGCAGAAGUAUUCAGGAUGUUGAUAUUGAAGACACCAGUAAGCAGGUCAGUAAACCUAAUGCUCCAACAAAUAAAGAUCAGCACCAAUUCGAGUUUGAUUUGAAUGUUCAGUUGGUUCAAAUUUCACUCUCUAGAUGUAUAGAUGGGGUAACACUACAAACAGAGCCAUUAGCGGAAAUCGUUGGUGAGUCGUUGACUUUGAAUUUCUACAAAACCCUUACUGACAUGCAUUUAACAUUAAGCGUAUUUGACAUCAGCCUAUUGGAUCAUAUUGAAAAAUCGGGAGUGCCAGAAUUCCAAAAGCUAGUAUCUUCAAAUAGUGAAGGUGAAACCAAGAACUUGCUUGAAAUGAAAUACUCGCGAAAGCAAAGGAUGGUGAUAUUUAAAAACAAGGAGAUUGAAGUAUUCGACCAAGAUGUGGAUAUGCAAAUUGCUGUUGUCAAAUUCGUGGUCACAAGAAAAUCUUACUUGAGCUUGUUGAAUUUUGUGUUAAAUACUUUUACUGAUCCAAACGCACCAGCAACAUCUGCCAAUGAGUUAAUAAAUGACACUUCAAGCGAAGAUACUUCACCACAAAAAAUUAAUGUCAAUGUUGCAUUAGAAAGUAUAAUUAUUGUUUUAAACGAAGAUGGCAUCAAAUUGGCUACAUUGCAGCUAAGCUCGGCUGAAGUGAGAGUAUUUUUGUUACCAGAUACAAUGGAUAUACAGGGUAAACUUGGAGCGUUUGCAUUACAUGAUGAAGUUAACCAAGGUUCUCCCAGAAAUUCAUUAAUUAGAAAUCUUAUUCAUAUUGAUGGUGACAAUUUGGCUCAGUUUUCUUAUAAGGCCUACGAUAAUGCUACUCAAAGCAAACCGUCAGUUGUGGAAUUUGAGACUGGCGCUAUCACAAUAAAUUUUAUUGAGGCAUCAUUUAAUAGAAUAUUGGCAUAUUUAAACCAGUUCCUUAAAAUGAAGGCAAUCUAUGAUAGUGCACGUCAAGCUGCCAUCAAUCAAUCUGCCCAAUUACCUGCUCAAUUAUUGUUUAAUGUUUUAAUCCAUGCACCGACAAUCGUGUUUCCGUUUGUAAAUCAUAAUACUAACAAGUUAGUGGCUAAUUUGGGAGAGAUUUAUGCUCAUAAUCAAUACAAGGAUGCAAUAAAUACAAUACAAGUUGGUAUCCGUAAUGUUAAUGUUAUGUCCCAUUUAGUGUUUGAAGGUAAUAUCCAACAAGAUCUGCAUAUGGUAGAUGAUUUAGACGUUUCGUUUGAUAUCGAGUAUUCAGAGAAAUAUAUUAGAGACACUCCAACAGUUGUGGUACGUGGUAAAAUGCCAGAGCUUGAUUUACAUCUAACUGAAAUUCAAUUGAAAAUGUUAACACAGCUUUCUGAUUCUGUGAAUAGAGCCUUUACGUUUGACAAUUCAGAUUCUAAUUUACAAGAUGUUGAAGAAGACGCUGUUUAUGCAAACGAAGUUCUUAGACACAACACUCAAAUGAUUCAUGCUGAAUCACCCCAGCAACAAACAUCUGUAAGUCCUCCUAAUGCAGAAGAUACUGAUAUUCCUGGAAAUCAUAAAAUGGUUGACUUAAAAUUUGAUAUUCCUCGAGUAGCUUUGACUAUUUACAAUGGAACUGCAAGUACCACUACAUUGAAAAAUUGUUCAUUAUCUACUUUUACAAUGAACAAAUUAAUUUGUGAAUUUGACAUGUUGCAUAAUGGGCAUUUCAAUGCCAAUGUCAAAAUCAAGUCAUUUGUUGUAAAAGAUACAAGGGUCGAUACAGACAGCAAAUUUCCCGUGAUUAUCCCUAGCGUGGACGGGGUUGAUAACCAAUUUACGUUGUUAGUCACCACUGAAGGUCCUCCAGACAGUAGGAAUAUUACUGCUAUGCUAACGGUUGAGAAACCCCAAACAAUAUUGGCUCUUGACUACUUGUUUGAAGUGCAACUGUUUAUAAACAAAGCAACAGAACAAGAGGCACCACCCCCUUUUGUUGAGAGACCAAGACAAAAGUCUACAACUUCUGUUACAACAAAGUCAGCAAAAACUCAAAGCACUGAAAUUUCUAAUCUGAAAGAUGUGACUUCAAACACAGUAGGGUUUUCCGUCAAUAUAAUCGAACCAUCUGUUCUUUUACUCGCGGAUGAUACCCAAGAAAAUACUGAAGCAGUUGUAUUUAAAGUUGGUCAAAUAUUAAUUACUCAACAGAAUGUAAUCUCGUUAGCUGCCAGUAACAUUGGAAUGUAUUUGAUGGAUAUGAACGAGCAAGAUACGUCUAGUUAUAGAAUUAUUGACGAUUUUUCUGUAUCUUUUGCACAUGAUUCACGGGGCUCUACUGCUACCAAGUUUUUGACAAACAUUCAAGCAUCUAUAGAUCCAUUAAUCGUCAGAGUUUCGUUGAGAGAUAUUCGACUUGCAUUGGGAAUAUUCAAUAGAGCAAACGACUUGUACAUGAAGUACCAAGGUAUGGUUGAAGAGACAUCAAAUUCAGAAGAAUUCCAGUUCUCGAAGAAUUUCAAAAAGAGGCUUUCGCAGUAUGCUCCUAGUGUGCUUUCAACAUAUUCUGAUGAAUCCGAUUAUGAGACUCCCCGAAUUCCACCAGGUGUUGCUAUUGUAAAAGGUGAAGAGUUGAAUGCCAAUUUUGGUGGUUUGAGAUUUGUUUUGAUUGGUGAUGUAUCUGAGUUGCCUGUCCUUGAUAUGCAAAUCAAACCUUUUGAAGCACGGGCAAUCAACUGGUCCACAGAUCUUAAUGCUGAAGUUCAUAUUGAGCAUUAUAUCAAUAUUUUCAAUUAUGCACGAUCGUCUUGGGAACCUUUGGUUGAAAGCUGGCCAAUAGCAGUUUACAUGUCAAAAGCUCGACACCCGAAACCUCAAUUAUUAGUGGAAAUAAUUUCCAGACAAGUAGCUCAAGUGACGCUUACAUCUAAGGCAGUAGCAUUGUUAUCACAAGUAUCUGAUUUGAUUACUUCUGGAGAGAAAUUGAAACCAAGAGGUGAAGAUUAUCCAUAUGUAAUAGUAAAUGAAACUGGAUUAGAUUUGGAAGUUUGGAAUGAUACAAAGGAAUCCGAAACUAGAACCGAAAUAAAAUCUUGGGACUCUAAACCUUGGAGUUUUGAGGAUUGGCGAUCGAUCCGUGAGAAUUUGGAUGCUGAUGAUGCUAGUACUUUGGGAAUUAGAUUUGUUGAUAGCAAGUACCAAAAUAUUGCAAAAGUAUCGGCCUCUAGCGUUGGCGAAGAGUUGUAUGUUAUGUAUCCUCCUGUCGAUGGAGUGCAUAAUAGAUUAUCUGUUGAUAUUAUGCUAAGAGAGGAUAAUGUUAAAGUCAUUAGAUUGAGAUCAACAGUUAUUUUAGAAAAUGACGCUGAUAUACCUAUUAUUAUUGAUAUUAGUGAUGCACGAGGUGAUAAAGAAUUGCGCAUUGGGUCUAAGGAAAGCAAAUCCUUACCUAUUGAUUUGGUUUAUGGCGGUAAAUUAAAAAUUAGACCGGAAACAAACAUACCUUAUGGUUGGUCUGAAGAGCAAUUAUACUGGAAAGAUGCAAUGAAAGGUUCUAUUGCAUUGAGUUGUCGAGCAGCAAGUAAAGACGAUAAGUCUGUUUAUUAUUUUCAAGCAGAAGCAGUAUAUGACACGGAGGAGCCUUUGGCUCACGUCUAUCCGCAUAUGAAAUUGGUGGUGUCUGCGCCAUUGGAAAUUGAGAACUUGCUCCCAUUUGAUUUCAAGUACCGAUUAUACGAUAAACAUGCAAGAAAGGAUUGGACAGGAAAGGUAGAGAAAGGUGUUAAGAGUUAUAUUCAUAUUGUUAAUUUGGAAAGCUUGCUACUUCUUAGUGUCGAGCCUGUGAAUGGCAACUUCAAGAGAUCAGAGUUUGCUGUAAUAAACCAUCCCAAGAAAAGUGAAUUUGAAAGAGAAAACACCAUUACAUUACAAGAUACUCACAACAGGAUACUUAAGUUGAGAAUAUACUAUCCUAGAAAAAAGUCAGACAGCACGAGUUUGAAAGUUGUGAUUUAUUCGCCGUAUAUUAUUUUGAAUCGAUCGAAUUUGAAUUUGGCUAUUAGUGAGCGUGGUAACACUAUUGAACUGCUCGGCAGAUCUGGUGAGGAACAAAAGAUUACACCUGCUAUGUUUUCAUUUGAGAAGCAUGGGGAUACCAAGAAUCGAGCAAUUAUAAAGGCAGAAGAUUCAAUUUGGUCUCACCCUAUGAGUUUUGAUGCUCUUGGGCAAUCAAAUGAAAUCAAAUUGCAGAUUACUGGGAAACAAAGGGAAAUAGAUCUCGGUGUGACAGUUUCAGAAGGGGAAGGUAAAUACAAUUUAACCAAAGUUAUAAGUAUUACCCCAAGAUACAUUUUUGUCAAUAAGCUAGAAGAGGAGUUGCAAGUUGUGGAAGUUGGUACUACCAAACAAUUAUCGAUUGAGUCUGGCGGUUCAUUGCCCCUUUAUGGUUUGCGCAUAUUAGAGAAAAAGAAUUUAAUGAUGAAGUUCCCACAAGCAUCAGGAUCAAUGUCUUGGUCACAACCAUUCUGUAUUAAUGAUGUAGGGCAAAUGUUUGUGAAGGUACUUAAAAAGGAUGUGGGACAAGUAUUAGUUAAGGUCACAAUAAUGCUAGAAGACGCUACUGUGUUUAUCCAUAUAGAGAAUGGUAAUGAUCAAUGGCCAUUUUCUAUUCGAAACUUUACUAAUGAAGAGUUCUAUAUUUAUCAGAAUGAUCCCAAUAUUAAUGUUAAUGGCGAGGUUGUGAAAAGUGAAACACCAUAUAAGCCAAUCUACUAUAAGGUUCCUCCAAAAAGUGUUAUGCCAUACGCGUACGAUUAUCCAAACGCUAUUAUCAAAGAAAUAAUCAUUAGAUCACAUGGAAGAGAGCGUGCGGUAAGUUUGGCAGAAAUCGGUACGUUGAAACCUUUUAGACUUCCUGCUACAAAUGACAAGGAACAGCGAAUUGUUGACCUCAAUGUUGUUGCUGAUGGACCCACACAGUCUUUGGUUAUUUCAAACUAUGACCCGUCCAGCAGUCUAUAUCAAUUAAAAGGAGGUUCGACCUCAUCGAGUUCAGUGGCAAAUAGUCACAGUGGUCAAUUUGAAGCGGUUGAAAAUGAUGAAAACUAUCACACUAAAAUCGUUACAAAGUUUGAUGGAUUUGGAGUUUCUUUGAUUAAUACAAGAGAUCAGGAAUUGUGUUACAUUACUUUGAAAGGAUUAGAGUUUAGGUAUAAUGAAUCUAACUUGUAUCAAACUGUUAGUGCUAAAUUGAAAUGGAUUCAAAUUGACAAUCAACUCUAUGGAGGCAUAUUCCCAAUUAUUUUGUACCCAAGUGUUAUUCCAAAAACUGGGAAGGAAUUGAAUAGUCAUCCAGCAUUUUCAGGAUCUAUAUGUCGCGUAAAAGAUGAUACACAUGGUGUAUUAUUUAUCAAGUAUGCUACACUUUUGUUGCAAGAAAUGACCUUAGAAAUUGAUGAAGAUUUCCUAUUUGCACUACUAGACUUCUCCAAGUUCCCAGGGGCUUCAUGGAAUAAGCAACAUGUUGACAGGUUAUGUGAUGAUAAUUUGAAUAUACCUGAGCCAGCCAAGCUUAGUGACACUAGCGAUAUCUAUUUUGAAGCAUUACAUUUACAACCACUUCAAGCAAACUUGUCAUUUGUGCGAACUGAAAGAGUUAAUGCAGAGGAUAAGGGCUCAUCCCAGAAUACUUUAAUGUUUUUCGUAAACAUAUUGACGAUGGCAAUCGGAAAUAUAAACGAUGCUCCAAUAAAGUUAAAUGCUUUGUUUAUUGAAAAUAUAAGAGUCCCCAUUCCAAUUUUGGUUGACUCUAUCCAAACACAUUAUAGCCAGGCUUUUUUCUACCAGCUUCAUAAUAUCAUUGGAUCGGCAGACUUUUUGGGGAACCCGGUGGGUUUGUUUAAUUUGCUUUCUUCAGGUGUCAUUGAUAUAUUUUAUGAGCCUUACCAGGGAUUUGUUUUGAAUGAUCGCCCUCAAGAAUUAGGGAUUGGUAUUGCUAAGGGAGGAUUGAGUUUUGUUAAGAAAUCUGUUUUUGGGUUUUCUGACUCUAUUUCAAAAGUAACUGGAUCGAUUGCCAAGGGGUUGUCUGUUGCCACUAUGGAUAAACUGUUCCAGGAGCGUCGUCGUUUAAAUACCAGAAGAAACAGACCAAAACACGCUUUGUAUGGAUUUGCUACUGGUGCUAAUUCGUUUUUUGACUCAUUGUCCUCAGGUGUCACCGGAGUUGCUACAGCUCCAAUUGAAGGGGCGAAUAGUGAUGGUGCCGCAGGAUUUUUCAAGGGUCUUGGGAAAGGAAUCAUUGGAUUACCUACAAAGACUGCAAUUGGGAUUUUUGAUUUAGCAUCAAAUGUCAGUGAGGGAAUUCGUAACACCACAACUGUUUUCGAUAGUGAGGGAUUAGACAAGGUUCGAUUACCGAGAUAUAUAAAUCCAAACGGAGUUGUCAAACCAUACUCACAAAGGGAAGCGCAAGGUCAGUAUUGGCUUAAUAACGUGGAUGGUGGUGUCUAUUAUAAUCAAAAAUAUUUGGCACAUUUGCUUUUACCAGGCGAAGAGAUGGCUGUUUUGGUUUCUUUUAAAUUAAUAAUUUUGUUUGAUAUAAACUCGUUAUUGUCCAAAUGGGUGAUAAAGUUUGAGCAAAUCAAAUCGAUUUCAGUUGAACCUACAGGAUUGACAAUUCAGUUGAAGACGAAAAAGGGCCCAUUCAUACCUAUUCCAGAUAGAACAGGCAGAAAUUUCUUAUAUCAGAAAAUUGGUAUUGCUGUUCAAGAAUUUAACAAGCACUGUCAAGUGACUCUAUAG